AGCUCUUAAAUAUACGUACAUUCCUAUCAUUUGGCAAAAUACAUCUCGUCGCACUUAAAUGCGAUAUAAUACCGAUAGAACAAAUAAGUAGGUAGGUAAGUAAUUUAACAAUGUUUCUUAAGUGUUUAAGUGUAAUUUUAACACUUGAGUAUGUGGUGGGUGCUCAAGUAAGGGUGGAUCCUUUGGUGCUGAUCAAUCAAGGCCUAGUGAGAGGAGAGAAGGCUGUCAACGGUGAUUAUUCGUCAUUCCACGGAAUUCCUUACGCUCAAGUUGAUGCGGCCAAUCCGUUUGGGGCGUCCCUCCCCGCCCCUAUUUUCGCCGAUGUGUUCAACGCUAACCGCCACGGGAUCAAAUGCCCUCAAAUCACUGACAAAGAAAAGAAUCAGGACCAAGUUACCAGUGGAUCUUUGGACUGCCUCACCCUGAACGUCUUCGUUCCCUCCAAAGCCAGCGUGAAGAAUCCUCUGCCAGUGCUAGUGUACAUUCACGGAGGAUCUUACAUCAACGGGGACUCCGCUAAUGAUCUCGUUAAUGGCCACAAGCUGGUAGAACAGGGCAUCGUCGUAGUAUCAAUAAAUUACCGAUUGGGUCCGUACGGAUUCUUCUGCUUAGAUGUCCCCACGGUACCAGGAAACCAGGGCUUGAAAGAUCAGUACUCAGCCCUGAAAUGGGUCAGAGACAACAUUGUGCAUUUCGGGGGGAAUCCUUACAACGUGACGCUAGCAGGGGAGAGCGCUGGAGCUGCGUCGGUGUUGUACCAGCUCUACGCCAAGAAAGAGAAGUUGUUUCACAAAGUAAUUGUUGAGAGUGGAUUGCCACAGACACCAGGAUUGCAUGUUGAAGGGGACACAGAGGCGGCUGUAAAGGUGGCUGGGUAUCUUGGACUCAAUACCACCGACACUGAGCAGGCUCUCGAGUUUUUAACUAAAUCCUCAACAGACUUAGUGAUCGCGGCUGUGAACGACUUGAGCAUGAGACUAGUGCCUUGCGUAGAGAGGUCGUUUAGCGGCGUGCAAAAUUUCAUUGAAGCUGACCCGUUUUCUAUAGAACCGUCUAACAAAAUCAAAAACAUGGAGAUUCUCAUCGGCGUUACCAGUUGCGAAUGGUGUGACAUCACGGAUAGAGAUCCCUCAGUUAUUGAAAGCUACUUGAGUGUGGGUUUCGACUUCGAUAAUGUUAACUUAAACAAAGCUACGGAAGCUGUAAAGCAUUUCUACCUGGGUGAUAAAGAUGCAAAUGAGGACACAGGAUUGCUUCUGGACGCAUUCUCAUCGGACUAUCUAUUUAUCUAUCCAACUGAAAUAGCUGUAGCCAAACUGUUAAAAGAAAAGGCAGGGCCAAUAUACAGUUACAUGUUUAACUAUGUGAGUGAGAACGAUGAUGCACUGGUCGACCACGCCAAACAUACUGCGGAACUGAAAUACGCAUACGCUAAUGGCUACGAACAAUUCAAUGAUGAUGAAAAGUUGGUGUCUGACCGUCUCAGUCAGUUGUGGGCGAAUUUCAUCAAAUACGGAAAUCCCACCCCGACCAAGACUGAUCUGGUUCCCCUGAUCUGGGAGCCAGUGUCGGAGACAUCUCGGCCCUACCUCAAGAUAGACCUGGACCUGGCCAUAGAGCAUCGCUUCCGGCAGGAGAGCGUGGUCUUCUGGGAGCUCUUCUACGACAACUUUAGACAGUCACAUAGGUUCACACGACAGUGUAGUCUUGAAUAGAAAUUUUUAUUGCUGCGUGUUCUCAUUUCAACAAAAUUAAGUUUUCAUGUGCCUUCAACUUAUCACAGCAUGCGUGGCGAGCCUACAAUCGUCCACUGUUGGAACUAGGCCUCAAGGCUGAUGGAUAGGUCCAAAAGUGGAAAGGUGUCCACGCCACGUUCAUCCGUGGUCGCUUGAAUUUGCCAGUCUUAUCUACAGUGUAUACUUAGAGUAAAAUGCCUAAGGAUGAUUAAGUUAAGUACUUAAUUAAAAAUUAGCAAUAAAACUAAUUCAUCCGUAAAAAA